AUGGACCCCAGCCAGCGGCUACCUCAGGCCAGCAAUAGCGCUGGCAACAGCCACAAGCGGAAGGCCGAUGCCCAGCAAGACAACGAGCGCCUUUCCAAGAGGCUAAGUUUGUUGAACAUAGAACGCGAUGGCGCCAAGCUCUACGUCCCGGUCGAGAGCCCACAACGGCGGCGGACCCCGACGACAACAAGUACUGGCAACGAUAACGACAACGUGAUGCACCUCGACGACACCAAGCACAAGGUGUACAUCUACAACAUAGACGAGGAGCUCGCCGACGACGACAGCGAACCGGACGAAGCCCGGCUCGUCUUCCUCCCGGACAUUGAGAAGCGCUUGCGCGAGACGCGCAUCCCGCCUCAGGUCCUGGCCAACAGCGACGGCGAGCUGGCUGGCAUGCAGGUUGUGCUAUACAGCGACCCCAAGUCGCUCUCCGUGCCCGAGGACAAGGACGGCGUGCGCAAGGCCAUCUUAGAAGCCCGUCGACGGCAUCGCGCGUGUCAGGCUGCCGGCGACGCGGACAGCUCCUAUACCGUGGCGGUGGACACAAAAACACCUGAACCCGCGCCGGGCCAGGCUGAAACAGGUGAUAUAGAAAUGGACGUGGAUUGA